UAGUUGGUCAGUCAACGGUGGUGUAGAGCGGAUCCUGCUGUGGAAGGAGGCAGGCCAUGGAGUCUGCGGCGGCGAGCGCCUUCCUGAAGAGCGUGAUGGGGAGGCUGUUCCAGGUGCUGGAGAAGGAGUACAACAAGCAGAAGGGCCUGAGGCAGGAGACCCUCUCCAUCCAGCAGGACCUCCGCAUGAUCGCCGCCGCCAUGGACGACCGCAUCCACGCCCUGGGCUGGGGCGACCGCCGCACGGCCGUCGCCAGGCUGUACAGCGAGGAGAUGCUCGGCCUGGCGCACGACGCCCAGGACUGCAUCGACCGCAUCGUGCACCGCCUCACCUGCAGGCCCUCCCGCUCCAGCGGCGGCGGGCCGUCGGCGCUCGCCCGCCGGGUCCUGACAGUCGUCCACGAGCUCAAGAAGGUCCAGAGCCGCUCAGGAUUCUCCGACGAGAUCCACAAGCUCAAGGCCCGCCUCAAGCUGGCGCACGAGCGGGUCGUCGGUAUCCCCAUCCCCAUCCCUGCCACCGUCUGCCAAGAAUCGGCGGCGUCGUCCUCGGGGUCGUGUCGCGUGGCCCGCAACCGCAACCCGGUGGGCAUCGGGAAGCCCGUGGAGGAGCUCCUCUCGAUGCUGGACGAGGUGGAGGGCGAGCCGGAGCAGACGAGGGUGAUCUCCAUCGUGGGGUUCGGCGGGUUGGGGAAGACCACGCUCGCGAGGGCAGUCUACGACAGCCCUCGUGCCGCGGAGAAAUUCCACGCCCGUGCCUGGGUCGCUGCCGGCCGCUCGCGGGAGAUCAACGGCGAUGGGGUCAGUGAGAUCCUGCGCGAUGUACUCUGGCAAUUUCGUUGCAAAGAAGCCAAGGAUGGGGACGGGGACAAUGAGAUCCUACGUGAUGUGCUCAGCCGUGUUGAUCGCCAACAACUUGAAGCCUUGCUCGCAGAACACUUCAAGGUUACCAGGUACUUGGUUGUCAUUGAUGACAUCGGGAUGGAGCAAUGGGCUGCUAUAAAUUCCAUUUUUCAAGACAAUGGCAGAAGCAACAGAAUACUACUGACAACGACCAUUCAGUCAACAGCUAAUAUUUGCAGCCAUGGCAACGGCUAUGUUUACCAACUGAAUACACUUGGUGAAGAGGACUCCAAGGAGAUAGCUCUUGGGUUACGAUCGCCUGAGCUGGAGCAGGGUUCGACGAAGCUGCUGCAGAAAUGUGGUGGUCUUCCACUUGCUCUUGUCAGUGUCUCCGAUUUCCUUAAAAGUUCAGUUGAGCCUACAGGGGAGCUGUGCGCAUACCUAUGCCGCAACCUGGGUUCUCAUCUGAGAGAUAAGCAUGGGCAUGACAACUUCACAGAACUAAGAAAGGUUUUGAUGCAUAACUAUGACAGUUUGUCUGUGUAUGAGAUGACCUGCUUGCUAUAUCUAGGCGUGUUCCCAAACAAUCGUCCCCUUAAGAGGAAAGUUCUGAUCAGGCGGUGGUUAGCUGAAGGAUAUGCACGGAGCGAUUCUCUUCGCAGCGAAGAGGACAUUGCAGAUGAGACUUUCAAUAGGCUUAUUGAUCGGAAUAUCAUCCAGUCUAUUGAUACAAGAAACAAUAAGCAAGUCAAGACAUGCAAGACUCAUGGCAUAAUGCACGAGUUUGUGCUGUACAAGUCUGUAUCGCAGGGGUUCAUCGCGACAUCUUCUCACGACCAUCCAAGACCCUGUGCAUAUGUUAAUAAUGCUUGCCACCUCUCUGUCCAUGGUGGCAGUUUGACCAAUAGUGAGGCAUCUGACGAGGAUUUGUCUCGUGUUCGGUCUCUGACAGUCUCUGGGAAAGCAGGUGAUGCUAUUUCUUAUGUUCGUAAGUGCAAACUGCUAAGAGUCCUGGAUCUGGAGGAAUGCAGUGAUCUGGAAGACAGUCACCUCAAACACAUAGGCAAGCUAUGGCAUCUGAAAUAUUUAAGUGUUGGGGGCACUAUUGAGAAACUUCCGAGCAGCGUCGAAGGACUGCAUUGCUUAGAGACCCUGGAUUUAAGGAGAACCAAGAUAAAGACAUUGCCCGUCGAGGCCAUUAUGCUUUCCCACCUAGCCCAUCUGUUUGGAAAGUUUACAGUUGAGAAAGAUGAUUUGAAGAGUGCAAGCAAGAUGAGCAAAGUAAUGAAGUUCUUCUCUGGAAAUAAGAGUAACCUGAAGACCUUAGCUGGAUUUGUCAUCAGUGAGAGGCAAGGGUUUCUGCAACUUAUGAGUCAUAUGAAAAAUCUGAGAAAGGUCAAGAUAUGGUGUGAACCAGUUGCAAAUGGUAGUAACUAUGUCACUGAUCUUUCUGAGGCCAUUCAGAAAUUCACCAAGGUUCCCAUGGACAGUGUAGGUUCUCGUUCUCUUUCACUUGAAUCAGAAGAAUGUUCAGAAGACUUCCUGAGUUUGCUUGAUUUUGAGCCAUGCCCCGAAGGUUCCAAAUAUGAUAUAAGGUCACUGAAGCUACAUGGCAAGCUACUCCAGUUACCACCAUUUGUUACCUUGCUGGCAUGCCUCACUGAACUGUCUAUUUCGUCAUCUACUCUGACACGGAAUCUUCUAUCUUCUCUGAUCAAUUUGCGCAACCUGCUUUACCUCAAGCUGAUAACCAAUCAGCUUGAGAAUUUUGAAAUGAGAAAAGGGGCAUUCCCAAGCCUGCGGCGUCUGUGUUUUGUAGUGCGAAGUCUUGAUUCACCUCUGCCAGUAAUCGAACCAGGAGCUCUUCCAAACCUUGUCUCACUCCAACUUCUCUGCCCCGGUCUAGUUGGUCUUUCUGGCAUCCAAAUUAGACACCUGAGACAUCUUAAGGAUGUCACAAUUGACCCUGCAGUGUCUGACCAAACAAGAACAGAUUGGGAAGAAGCAACAAAGAACCACCCGAAUAGGCCAAGACUCUUGUUGUUCAAAAAUGGUGACCCAAUGGAAAGCGAGGAACCAGGGCAUGAAGAAGCUUCUGCCAUGAGAGAAAAACGGAGAAUAUGCGUAGUGCAACCAUGUUCGGAUUUAGAUUCUGGUCUCAAGAAGAUGCGUCUUUCAGAGUCUUCUUCACGGCUUCAAGUGAUCGUCCAUUCGAACUCCUCUAUGCAGUUAUGAAUCCGUUCACUGAGGGAGCAACCCGACCAUCUUGGUAUGCUGUAGAGGUCAUAUUUAUAUAUCAUCAUGUUGCAUGUAAACACAGCCAGAAGAGCAAAAUAUGUGUAGUCCAACCAAGUUUGGGUAAGGACUGGAUUCUAAUAUCAAAGAAUAUGAGACUUCAAAGAGUCUUCUUCGUGAUCUCAAUUGAUUGUCCAUCCAGUGUUGUUAAAGGGCAGAUGCCGAUUGCUAAUGCCAUUGAAUUCCUCCACACAUCUUAGUAUGCUGUCGGACUCAUCUAUACGUCAUCAUGAUAGUGCUACUUCAAGCAAACGGCUGUGUAAAUGAGCUUGGUCUCUUGAAUCAGAGAGAGAUGAAAUGAUAAGCUGUUGGUGUAUUGUAUGGUCUGUAGUUCCAAAACAUUUCGUACCUCGUGCAACAAGGGCUAAAGCUAGCAAUACAGCGGCAGUUCUUCAGAAGCUAACAAACAACCACUUGCUGGUUAAGAUCUACAUAUGGUGCCACCACACAGCCAUCAGAGCUGCAUGGCCUCACAAUGGAGCUCAUGAACGCCUUCACGACCUCAGUGGAGGCAUCUUUCCGGAGCAAGGAGAUGGCGUACUCCAUGACCGCGGAAUCACAGGGCAGUGUGAUCCUCCCAUCUUUGCUGCCCACAAAGCCAAACUCCUCCUGAGACAUCCUCAGGAACUCGCCGAAGACCACCGUGCCUAGGUACGCCAGCGGCACCUCAAACCGUGCCCCAUUGGCAGUGUACACCACAAAGUGGCCCUUCAUCGCCACCGAUGAUGCUGUGCAGCGCUCAUCGUAGGCUGCUCCUUUCGCUGCUACCGCUGUCCGGGUGUAGUGGUGCUGCUUUAGCUUGUGUUUUGUGGAUGAACUGAUGAGGGGAUGGUGGUGCUAGCCUGAUGGAUUUAUAUGCGAGGGACUGAGGGAGAAUGAGAAGGGAACCAUUCAGUUUAGGUGCAGCUAUCAUGACAAGUUGGCAAGGGACAUGGCCAUGAGCGCAGAACAUGUAAUGCUGCAAGUGCAGGGCAAGCAACGUGAUCUUGAUUUGAUCUCUCUGGGGCCAUCAGUUUGCCACUUGUUGGGAACUGUACUAGCAGUGUCUUGUGUGUUGUUGGACAAUCCGUUGUGCUGCCAUACUCACCUGCUUUUCUUUUUUCUUUUUUCUUUUUUCUUUUUUCUUUUUUCUUUUUGAGAAUAACUCACCUGAGGCAUAUGGCUGACUGAUGAUGGUUCAUUUCUGAUAUUUUGGGUUAUUGAUUAAUCAUAUCCCAGUGAAAGGAUAUAUGCAGAGUGGCCCCUAGGAUGAAGAUAUCUAGUCUAA